GGAGAGGAAACUACUCCAGGACGGGAACAGAAGAUUUUAUUCUAAAGUUCAGUGUUUAAUCUCUGAAGCUUCUCACUCCAACCAGAUGCACUUUUUCUUUUUACAACCCCAAAAUAUUGAGCUGCUGCAAGUAUUUGAUUUUUUCUUCCACUCUGCAUGGAGAUACUUCUGCUCCUGGACUCUCUCUGAAAACUGCACGCUGAAGAAUUAAACUGUUUCUGCUGCUCGCAUGUCCUCACAACUUGGACAGAGAGAGAGGAGCUCUCCGACGCAGCGAACGUGAAAACGGGACCGGUUGGAGGUCAGAGCGCUCCGGUUGGAGCUCUGGGAAGAAUAAGAAGAAGAGGAGUAGGAGGAGGAGGAGGAGGAGGAGGAGGAGGAGGAGGGAGAGCAUCCUCCCAGCCUCACACACCCUUAAGACAACCCAGCUGCACUGAUCUUAUAGAAUACUGUUGCUGGACAUCAAAGAACGGUGAACCACAUCGUGAAAUAAGAUUAACGCUUCACAAGAAAUCAUAAACAUAUAUUAAGGUAAAGAUAAAUUCAUCACUGGGUUCCAUAGACGUACUAUAAGUACUCUACGUUUAUACACACACACACACACACACACACGGACACCCGGGACGCCCCCAGCACGCCGCGGCAGGAUGGAUCUCCCACCAAUCAGAGGUUUAUCUGAUGUGCCGUGAGCGUUGGGAGCACCUUGCCCCAGCUCCGGCCUGCAGCCCUGGUGCUACCCAGCCUGGCUCACCAGGAUGGACCCUGCUCAUUCCUUCAGGAUGGAGCUGGACGGACUGGACCUCCAGCAGGUCCCAGUGCUGUCGCUCGACCAGAUACGUGCCAUCCGGGCCAACAAUGACUAUGUGGAGAGGCCCGUGGCGCUGGAACCGGCAUCCCAGUCCGGGUUUUUCUAUGCCCAUGACGACCGAGUAUACCCCCACUACCCACAGCCUUCUUUCCACUCGGCCCUGCCCCGCAGCCAAAGUCAGCAGCAGCACGCUCACCUGUCCCACCUGAGCCGUUCCAGUACCAUAAGCUCUUCCAUGUCUCGGACCAGUGCCACCUCAGACCAGCGGCUACUGGCGGGUUUGACACCAUCUCAUUCUGGCCUCGGUUCGGUGGUCCGUUCUCAGCCUAAAGGAGAACUCAAGCCUGACGCUUCCUUUGGCAAAGGCCUGACGGAGGACGAGGCUGAGCAGGGCCUUCAUUUGUUCAUCUGCGAGCGGUGUGGUCGCUGUAAGUGCCAAGAGUGCUGCGCCCCCCGCCGCCUGCCUUCCUGUUGGGCCUGCGGACAGCGCUGUCUGUGCUCUGCCGAAAGCGCCGUGGAGUACGGCACUUGCUUGUGCUGCGUUAAAGGCCUGUUCUACCACUGCUCCGCCCAGGAUGACGAGGAUAACUGUGCUGACCGGCCGUGCUCCUGCGGUCCGGCCCACGCCUGUGCCCGCUGGGGCACCAUGGGGCUGCUGGCGCUCUGCCUGCCCUGCCUCUGCUGCUACCCCCUUGCCAGGCUGUGCCUUGCCCUGUGCCAGUGUGCCCACGACCGCACCACGCGCCCCGGCUGCAGGUGCAGCAACACCAACACCGUGUGCCGCAAGAUCUCCGCCUCCAACCCUAACCCUGGUCACCCCUCGCUCCGCAGCAAGGCCCUGGAGAAGCCCUUAUGACAGGCCUGGAUGGGGGCCAGGUGAAUCCAAUUCCCUCUCAGCCGUCGCCAAAGCAAUGCUGUCGCCAAUCAACCGUGUCACAGCUGACAUUGUGACGACAAUGCCAAUGUGUCCCACCCACCUACAUACGACAAGCCAACCAACCAAUCGUGAAGUGUUGUUCACCUAAUGUACCUUGAAUUUACUUCAUCUCCAGCUCAGGAGGGACCAAAGCUUUACUGUGCCUGUUCAUGUCGGAGACUUCAUGCCUAAAAACACUCACGCUGAAGAAGAAGAAGCUGUCGUGCUUUUGCUGGACUGCCCUUCAACCUUAACCAAGACAUCCAGACGGAAAUCACCUCUCUCUGCAUUCUGUGGUGUAGUCUGGACAAGUUAAAAUCUAUUUAUUUAUUAUUGAACCUCCUUCCUCCCCACCCUCUGCAGAGAGAACGCACAGACGGGCGAUGGACCAAAUCAGGAAGGAAAGACGCCCGUGGCUAUGUGAAAUGGUCUACGCCAACACAGUUUCUCUCCUCUACAAGAGGAGAGAAUCAGAAGAUGCAUGAGAGAUCGAGGACCACGAUGACAUUCAGAAAACUCCACAAAAGGUUCACGAUUAAUGAAUGAAGAAAAAAACAAAAACGUCAUGCCGCGGUGCAUAUCUGACUGGGAGUCUUUUAACAAAAGCACCAAGGCAUAAAGCGAGAACAAAGACACAUCUGUAACAGUUUGACACCAAAAAGGGACCAUGCACUGUACGAACUGAGUGAAUUUCAAUGCUAUUAAGCUCAUUUGUAAAGGAAAAGCACUGUGAGGUAGAUGGACGAUGUUUACCCCAGCAGCCAAGAGCUGAAUGGGGGAUUAUUUAACCGGAGGGAGGGUGCAUCCAUUGUCACUAGGCAGCGUGUGUGUGGUGUGUGUGUGUGUGUGAGAGAGUGUGUGUGUAUCCUCCUACUGUACAACAACCUGUGUAUGUAGAAGCUGUGUGUAUGUUGUUUUCUCAGCAGAAGAAGCCUCCCUUGUCUUAUUUUUAGCAGCGCUGCUUCAGUGGAGCUCUGAGGGUCUGGUCGGGUUUCCUCCCGAAGUCAGUCUGCCGCCAAACCUCCCUCCUUCUCUGCCCCCCCCCCACUCCCCCACGCUUCUCUCCUCCUCCCAUCCUCGAAUCAAACGAUUUAUUCUUCUGGACCAUCUCAUUCUCAUCCAGUCACUACCUUGAACAGCAGCUUUAGCAGCACAACACCAAAAAAAAGAUUAUGGUCAUGCCAGUCACUGUCUUUUAAAUUCAAUGUAAUUCGUUGAGCUUGGUUGUAUUAUAAGCCGGCUGCCAUAACUCUUUAAUGUCUGAAGUAGUGAGGAUGUUAAUAUUUAACCGUUAACCAACAAUAACAAUUUGGUCCGAUGACUGCGAUCACUUGAAACAGUUAAAAAAUGUAAACGUUUAAAAACAAAAGUUGAACAAAACUCGUAAUAAAAAGCUUUUCACUAAAAUGAAAACAGCUAGUCCACCUUAAAAGGUCAGUCCACCUUAAGCAACCUUGAGCCGUAGUUGUUGGCUAACCCCCGUAUCUGUAAUCAACACGUGGGAACAAGACACAGGAACUUGGCCUGGGUCUUGAGGAGCUGUAGCAUUUAUUUUCAACAAAUUAAUUGUAAACAUUUUAGUUGCAGCUGGGCCUCGAAAACACUGAGGAGCAUCCCCUGCUUUAUGGUCUGUUUGACUCUAAAUGGACCAUAAUGUACUAAAUGAACAUCAUGCUGUAUUG